GAAUUUUAGUUUUUAGUUUUUUAUUUUCGAAAAUGCUGGAUGCCGAAGGGGAAAUGGUCCUGUUGCUAAGCAACAUGGUCUCAUCAAACAAACUCAUAAAGACAAGGUGUGACGACCCGAAAUACAUGGUGAGAUUGUACAGAUUUAUAAAUUCGAAGGGUUCCUGUGAGUUGCGUAAAGGUGCAGCUAGUGUGUUAUCGAUGCGCCUCUCAGAAUCGACCGGUUUGGAGUCCGUGCCUUAGGAAAAUUUAACUGAGGUCCAAACCGAACUACUUGGAGCUCUCAAAUCUCUGAUGGAUGACGAUAGCGGAGAGACGCCACCAGUCGGCGUCAAAGGACGAAGGACGUGUUUGACUACAUUGAGGCAGCUAGUCAAUCAAGCAAUAUUAAAGAGCAGCAAUUGGGUGCCGCCUUAUAUAGUUCCUUGAGGGAUACGGCCCCAGACGAAUUCGUUAAAUUCAUGAAGCGUCGGCAAAGGAUAUUUGAGCGCGGCAUGCAGUUGGCCGAAAUGCAAGGAAGUUUGGUACACUAAGCUCCUGAUUUCUGGCCUAACCCGUGCCUUACCAUUAGGCCAUAAAUUUUUAAAUUCCAUCGAAACCGUUUUACCUUCCUUUAUGCGUGCGGUCGACUGGACACAUCUCGCAAAAUGCGAACGGGGCUUUGAUUUGAUCUCUAAUUUACUUCAAUAUAAGCCCAAAUUGAUCAGGAAACAGUUGCGGUGUGUACUGGUACAUUGAUUUCAUAGGCCGCAUUAUAAAUCAGAAACGUCGUGAAAUUAUGAAGAUCAACAUGAUGGACCCAUUGAUUUUGGUGCUCAGCGAUCUUCUGGUAGUUGAUCCAGGAUAUCGUGGCCGUUGGGAAGAGGAGAUGGUUUCGGAUUCGGAUGAGGUUGAGGAUAAUGUUUCACCUGCGUCCAAGGCAACUGAAAUUUUCUCUGUGCUGGUCGUAGAAUCAGCGAUAGCGUAGCGAUUAAUUGGCCGGACGAGUUCUUCGACUAUUGCGGCCAAAGAUGCAAGGGCAGACGACACCAGUCCAGCGUCUUAAUGUUCAUCUCACGUUGCUAGUUCUUGCUGAAUAUUCAACCAAAGUGAUCCAUAUGCUGGAAUUCAUAUCCAUUUGCCAUGCUGGUAUCUCCGAUGACGUCUCGAUGGUCCGUCGCCAUGCUUGCUAUUCGAUGGCAACGAUGGUCCAGAAUUUUCUCCCCAAAAUAACGCGGCUAGACGAUAACGUAAUGCCAAUGUUUAUUAAGUUUUUGGAACACAUGUCAGAGACACAUCGUUUGGUUCCUAAGGAAGCUCAUAUCAAUACGUCCGUAUUUAGUGCUUUGGAGGAAUUUGUGGAACAAGUUACAGUCGAAUGUAUGAAGCCACAUUUGGAGAAAUUAAUACCUCUCAUACUUCUAUGUACAGAGCCAGAGAAAAAUUCCAUGGCGCUUAGGCAACUGUCGGUCAGUGCCAUUGCCAAACUGGCUGAGUGUAUGCAGGCAUCUUUGGAUGACCAUUUCGAUGACAAUGUAAGCGUGAUAAGACCCGUGAUGGUGCAGACUCAAUUGGAAGAGGAAUUGGCCUUACGUGCCCAUGCCAUACAUGUUUGCAGCGCUUUAAACCUGGUAAAUCAAACAAAAUUCUCCAAAGUAUCGCCCUGGAUUUUUGAAGUCGUUAUCGAGAUGUGUCACAAUGGUACAGUUACGGAGUUCUAUACAUUUAGUAUCCUCGGCGUUAUAAGUGGCAUAAUUCCAGAAGUGAUGAGAAGUCUACACAGAGUGGCCAUGGUGAUCAAACGGAUUCCGAUGAGGAUGAAUCGUCUUCAGAUAGUGAGAAGCUGA